AUGGACCCCCACAGCACCUCCCGCGAAAAGCUCCUGAUAACCGGCGCGACCGGCUACAUCGGCUUCAAAACCCUUCUCACAGCUCUCUUACGCGGCUAUAGCGUACUUGCCCUGAUCCGAAGAGACAGCGACAUCUCUGACCUCCAAUCCAAAAGCGCUGCUAUCACUGAAUCCACUCGAUCAGGACAACUGAAGUUUGCCGUUGUCCUAGAUUUUCUAGCCGAAGAUGCCGUCUACAAUGUUCUGAGGGGAUCGGGGACGACGGUGAUUGUUCAUCUGGCGUCGCCGUUGGCUCUUCAGACGGAGGAUUAUGAAGAGGAUAUCAUCCGCCCUGCUGUUUCGAUGGUAACAGUGUUCCUUGACGCUGCGAGAAGGGUGGAGAGUGUGAAGAGGGUUGUUGUUACUUCUUCUUGCGUGACUCUCAUCCCCUUCGAGUGGAACUUCAACCCAGAUUCCGAAAGACUCUAUACCGCAACCGACCUGAAUCCCACCCUGAACAUCACCCCAGCCUCUCCCAUGGAAGCCUACUGGAUCUCCAAAGCGCUUGCCCGAAAGGCCAGCCGUGACUUUAUUGAAACCCAUCGUCCUAGCUUUGACUACGUGAACCUCCUCCCCGGCGUGGUCAUCGGUCCCGAUCACCGUCUUACCCCAUCGCCCACGAACAGGAACGUUAAGAGCGAUGAUGUGCUACACGGGACGAGAAGGUCCGUGCUUGCGCCCGUUCUGACAGAUGAUCUGAGUAGUUCGUUUCCUUAUGUGGGUGUGCCGGUGCAUGUGAGUGAUGUUGCGAGGGCACAUAUCGAUGCUGUGGAUCGGCGGAGGAUUCCCGGGAAUCGGGAGUUUAUUUUUGUUUCGGAUGCUGAUGCUGUCGAGGGUGUGGACUGGGAGGAGGGUGUUAGGGAGGUUGUGCGGAAGUACUAUGGGAAGGAGCUUGAGGAGGGUUUAUUUCCGAUGGAGGGGAGGUUGGGGGCGAUUCGCUGGAGGGUUGAAACGGAGGAGACGGAGAAGGUGUUUGGGUGGCGGUUUGUGGGGUUUCAAGAGACUAUCAAGGCCCUUGUCGCGCAGUGGAUUGGGUUGAAGCGGUUGGAGAGGCCAGUGGAGGCUGGAUGCGAGUAGAAGAUUGUCAGAUGGACAUAGACCCUAGACUGGGAUAUACGGAUACGAU